UUGAUUUAUGCAAUUAUAUCAGUGUUCUAAAAAAGGUCUCGCCCAGGCAGCCUAGGCGCUGGGCGGCAGCAGACCGAGGCGAGUAAGGGCUGAUCGGCGGGCUUAGACGGGGAGGAAUUAGGCGGCGUGGGCGAUCUUCCAGGUUAGGCGGCUGCAGUACAGAACCAUCGUUAAGUACAAAAAUGGUUCUUUGUGUAUGGUGAUAUAAUGAGCCGUAUGCGGACAGUCAGAUUGUAUGUAUAUGGAAGGUUACUGCACAAUUUGACAGUAUACUUAUCAGCAAUAUUACGAAGCGGUAUCUUUCACAGACAGUAUGAUCAUUCUAGAGAGAAUCAAGUCAAUUGAUAUUAAAAACCAGCUAGCUAGCUUGAUCUCUAUAUAUAGCUUACUUAGGAUUCAACUUCCUCAGACCAACCAAAACAAAACCAGCAAGAGUACUCAGAAGAACAUGAAGUACCACUUUUGUUCUUCCGGUGCUUUUCUCUUCAUCUUCAUCAUUCUUGUAACAAUCUGUUUGAGCAUUGAAGCUCAAACCUGCAAUCCAAGUGGCAAAAUAGUCGGUAAAAAGCCUCCUCCGGGACAAUGUAACCCUGAGAACCAGUCUGAAUGCUGCAAAAAAGGCAAGCUCUACACCACUUACAAGUGCUCUCCUCCGGUGUCCAAGCAUACAAAAGCAACCUUGACGAUCAACAGCUUCAAGAAAGGUGGUGAUGGUGGUGGAGCGUCUGAAUGUGACAAUAAAUUCCACUCGGAUAGCACCCGGGUCGUGGCAUUGUCCACCGGGUGGUUCAACAAUAGGAAGAGGUGUUCACACUACAUCACCAUACAUGGUAAUGGAAGGAGUGUGAAAGCCAAAGUUGUUGAUGAGUGUGACUCCACAAUGGGUUGUGAUCCUGAUCAUGAUUACCAGCCUCCAUGCCCUCACAACAUCGUUGAUGCCUCUCCAGCUGUUUGGAAGGCCUUGGGAGUUAAGAAAAGCGACUGGGGUGAAAUGCAGAUAUUCUGGUCUGAUGCCUGAUUAAGUGACUGCCUCUAUAUUGUGAUAUAAAUAAGAGUGAAAAAGGUUCAUAAAGUAUAUAACAUUAAAUUGCAAUCUAUAGUUGCUUCUCUCCUGCAU